GCGCAGGUGGCCGAGCCCUAUCGCGGCGCGGACGGCUCGGCCACAAGCGCCGCACCUCCGCGCCUCCCGCGCCAUCUCCCUCAGGUCCCUGCCCCACCGCGGCGCGUCACUUCCGCAACCCCUUGGCCGGGGUUGGGGCGGGGAACCUGGGGAAGGGGGCCAGGUCCGAAAGAACCCGCCCGCGCCGGAGCCCGCGCCCUAGCCCGGACUACAUUUCCCGAGGGGCCCAGGCGGCGGCGGCGGCGGGCGCGGCAACGUCCCCCGGAAGUGGAGCCCAGGACUUCCACUCGUGCGUGAGGCGAGCAGUGCCGGAGACGAGACCAGAGGCCGAACUCGGGAUCUGACAAGAUGGCUGGGCUUCCCCGCAGGAUUAUCAAGGAAACCCAGCGUUUGCUGGCAGAACCAGUUCCUGGCAUUAAAGCGGAACCAGAUGAGAGCAACGCCCGUUAUUUUCAUGUGGUCAUUGCUGGCCCCCAGGAUUCCCCCUUUGAGGGAGGGACUUUUAAACUUGAACUGUUCCUUCCAGAAGAAUAUCCAAUGGCAGCCCCUAAAGUACGUUUCAUGACCAAAAUUUAUCACCCUAAUGUAGACAAGUUGGGAAGAAUAUGUUUAGAUAUUUUGAAAGAUAAGUGGUCCCCAGCACUGCAGAUCCGCACAGUUCUUCUAUCGAUCCAGGCUUUGUUAAGUGCUCCCAACCCAGAUGAUCCAUUAGCAAAUGAUGUAGCGGAGCAAUGGAAGACCAACGAAGCCCAAGCCAUAGAAACAGCUAGAGCAUGGACUAGGCUAUAUGCCAUGAAUAAUAUUUAAAUCAAUCUGAUCAUCAAGUGUGCAUCACUUCUCCUGUUCUGCCAAGACUUCUUCCUUUUUUGUUUGCAUUUAAUGGACACAGUCUUAGAAACGUUACAGAAUAAAAGCCCAGACAUCUUCAGUCCUUUGGUGAUUAAAUGCACAUUAGCAAAUCUGUCUUGUCCUGAUUCACUGUUGUAAAGCAUGAGCAGAGGCUAGAAGUAUCAUCUGGAUUGUUGCAAAACACUUAAAAGCAGUGGCCCUUCUCUGCUUUUAUUCAUUUCUCCCCCAUCAUGGUUUAAGUAUAAAGCACUGUGAAUGAAGGUAGUUGUCAGGGUUAGCUGCAGGGGUGUGGGUGUUCUUCUUUAUUUUAUUUUUUUUUGAGGGGGGAGGUAGUUUUGUUUUAAAUUUAUGGACUCCUCUCCCCCUUUUUAUGGUGAUCUAAUUGCAUUGGUCAAAAGCAGGUAACCAGUUGUUCUUUAGAAUAUACCCUCUAGCCAAGUCUAACUUUAUUUAGACGCUGUAGAUGGACAAGCUUGAUUGUUUGAACCAAAAUGGGAACUUUAAACAUCACAGCCCUCACUAAUAACAUUGUGACUUUGCCGUCAAGUGUAGAAUCCUCCCUUUAAGAAAAAGCUUGUGACCGUUUUGUAUGGCUUGUCUGGAAACUUCUGUAAAUCUUAUGUUUUAGUAAAAUAUUUUUUGUUAUUCUACUUUGCCUUUGUACAGUUUAUUUUACUGUGUUUAUUUCACUUUCCUAAUGUGACAAUCGUAUUUAAAAAUUAAAACUCUGAUAGAACAUUCUGUUUGGGUCUUCACCAUCUGACAAGUUGAAUAGCAAGAGGUGGGUUUUGCCAGUGUCUUUUCACUGAUACAGAUAUAUUUUACGAUAUUACUGAAUGGAGUUAUUUAUAAACUGGCCCUGAGCAUGCAUAAAGCAUCAGUAUCUGACAGUUUUUCCUCUUAGAAAUUUAAAGUAAAUGUGCUUAUCUUGUCUUACUAGAUGACCGUUGGUGUCUUGCCCCACUAUGUUUGUAAAUUACUGUACCAGGAGAGUCACAGCAAAGAAGCAGUUGUGACUGAUAUGUAGGACUUUAACAUGUGCCAUGUAUGGGUUAUGACAUUUUUCUUAGUUCUUGUCUGAAAACUUUAUGUAAGACCACAGGUCUGUGUUAUUAGGAAACAGUGAUCUGAUAAUCAUUUGGGGUUUGCUGAGGCGUAAUUAGUCUUCCUUAUAGACCUGAUGAGCAAAUCUCAAGCACCCAGCUUGCAAAGUGUCAUCAGAACAGUUUCUUUUCUUUGAUAGCAUCAGAUCCUCUGUUAAUUCUUGCUUUCAUUCCUCCAGUAUUUGCUAUGGGAGCUCCUUUUAUCCUUUAAUUUGAUAUUCAGAAUUUUUUUUUCACUGACAGUUUCUCCCUCAGCCCUACAAAACUGUUCUUUCCCAUCCCCUCCAUAUUUGAUUCCAGAUUCUUGUUAUUUUUAAGUCAGAAAUGUAUCCCAUCAUAAGUAUGUAAAUGUUAACCUGCAGGUUGAAACCUUUGUUUCUUGUGGUUUAAGGUAAUGGAUAUUGUAGCCCAUCUGAAUUUUCCCUCCUCUUAUUCUCAUAACUUCUGGAGUUUCUUCAGAAUGUGGUGUAUUUUAUUGUGCUCCUAUGUAAGAUGAAGAAUUAUCUAUUAAAAUUACAUUUUCAACAUACAAAAGCUUUUGAUGACUGGUAACUGAUAUCCUUUCAAAUAAGUGCAUUGCUUGGUAA